CCUCGCAGAGAGGCGGACAUGGCACCGCAUGCGUUGGUCGAGAUAUUGCCCAGUGAAUGGAACAAUUUACUCGAACUCUAUGCGCAGCGAAGAACUGAAUCCACUGGAUAUAAUUUGAUAAAGAAUUAUAUCAAAUGGAUUGAGCAAGAACCCGACUUCAAUGUCAAAUGCUUCUCGCUGGAUGGCGACUGGAAAAGUGACGGCACUUUUUUAAUGAUUGUAAUCAAUGAUGCCAAGUACAAAUUUGUGUUCUUCAACACGCUCAGCGAUAAUCUAGAGCGUUUGACAAAGUCGUUGAUCUGCUUAACACGUGAACCGGGCGAUUACAAGCUACACGAUUAUGGAGCGCGUCUCUUGCCGGCAAUGGAAGCGUAUCGAAGAGAGUUGGCACCAAAGCAAUUUGCCACCACACAGGCAGCUUGGUACCGAGCAAGCAAGGAGACUGUUGCAGGAUUUUCAACAGAGCCACCUGCUGGCAUUUCAUUGCGCAGCUUGCAGGCUGAGGAUGUGCUAACUGUAAACACCAUUUGGCGAUACGGCACAGAGAAUACUCUGGCGUUUAUUAAGCGCUUAAUAUCGUACAAUGUUUCAGUGGGAGCCUUUGAUGCAGAGGGCAAAUUACUCGCCUGUUGCUUGAGACUUCCCAUUGGUGCAUUGGGCGUGCUGCAUGUGCUCGACUCUCAUCGACGCCUUGGCCUUGGCAGUUUAAUGGUCCGUUGUCUGUCUAAGAAGAUCGCAGCACUGGAUGAGGAAGUGCUCGCUCCCGUUGUUGUUGAGAAUACGGCUUCGAGGCAAAUGUUUGAGAAAUUGGGCUUUAUGAAAAUUGAUACCAUUUAUUGGACCAAUUGAUAAGCUUAAUUCAUUCGAAAACCCAAGUAUUGCUAUCAAACAAAUAUUGAUUGAUAUUGCCUUGGUAAGCAUUGAGUAGCUACAUCUCUCUUGCUCACACGCACACACAUUGACAUUGACCCUACUUAUUGUUUCUCUUAAGUUUCUUAAGGCACUCUCAUUUUAAGAGAGCUCAAAAGUUUUUUUUUGUUUGCAUUGUGCCAAAAAUAUAAUUGAUAAAAGUGUGCAAGCAUAGACAUUUAUUUCUUUUGUUGAUUAGUAAAUCAAUUAAGCAAAUAAAUAUUUAAACAGAAAGUAAUCUAUAAAAAUAAUCAAGUUUAUCUACAAAUAGCAGUAGAAAAUUAACUUCCACAAUUCUCUACUGUGCAUUAAAUACAGUUCCUACUGUAACCCACACACAUUUAUAGCAUCUUUUUUUGCAAUUCGCCUCUCUCGCUAUAAUAAAGCGCUUUUAUGGUUCUCUUAAGUUGCAGCGUCUGAGAAAUUCGCAAGUUUUGCGCUCAGUUGUUGCACUGCCUUUCAAUUAAACAGACAUGUCUCUGCAGUUGGAAACAAUUUCGCAUUCCCUUGUCGAAUUAUCGCCAAAUGAAUGGAAAAUUUUGCUCGAUCUGUACUCAACGAAAAGAACUGAAUCUACUGGAUAUAAUUUAAUAAGUAAUUUCAUCAAAUGGAUUGCAAGGAAUCCUGAAUUAAAUAUCAAGUGCUUUGCCCUGGACGAUGGAUGGAAGAAAGACGGCACUUUUAUAAUGAUCGUAGACCAUGGUGGGGUCCAGAAGAAUGUCUACUUCAACACGAUAACCGAGAAUCUGGAUCACCUGAUCAAAUUACUUUUCAGCUAUACAACUGAUGCCAAGCCAUAUUUACUCUAUGGA